CCACAUGGAGUUUCAGAAACAUCCACUUCCAAGUCCAAAUCUUCCAGCUGUAGUUAUCCGCUUCCUCUCCGAUUCUCAACCAUGCAGAAAGCAAGUUCAUCUUCCUAUAUAAACGUCUGCAGCGAUUCUUAGUUUGCUUCAGCCAUGGAGGAUCGCCGGAGGAGUCGCCAUUUGCUUCUCCUGCAAUUACUCUGCUUCCUCUGUUGGUUUCUGUUCCCCUGUUCUGGCAGUAAUGGGAACAGAGAAGCCAUAGAGAUUGGGAUCGGAAUUGGGAUCGGUGGCUCGCCAGGAAUUGUGAUCGGUGGCUCGCCGGAGCCUCCUCAUUCUCCCUCCUCCCCCUCGCGCAGUUCUCCGCCGCCUCCUCAUUCCUCCACCUCCCCUCCACACCGUUCUCCGCCGCUGCCUCAUCCCUCCUCCUGCUCGAACCGUUCUCCGCCACCGAAGCCUCUGCGCGAGCUGCAACCGUGCGACUUCGCCAACAUUCUUCAGUACAGAGCUUACAAGGUCAUCCAGAAGUUCCUGAGCACCAUAACCUGCGAUCCCUACAACAUAACCGCAACCUGGGUCGGUGCUCAGAUUUGCUCCAAAGGGAACACUGGCUAUUGCGGAUUCUACUGCGAAGGGCCGCCGGAUAAACGGAAUAUGCCGACGGUGGCCUCCGUCGACUUCAACGGGUAUUACCUGGAGGCGAAGACGGUGCGCGGGUUCAUCGACCAGCUCCCGGACCUCGCCAUCUUCCAUGCUAAUUCCAAUCGCUUCGGCGACACGGUGCCGAACCUCACUCAGCUCCCCUUCUUCUACGAGAUCGACGUCAGCAACAACCUCCAAACCGGCUGCUUCCCGAAUAACGUCCUCUCCCUCGUCAACCUCUCCUUCCUCGACCUCCGCUAUAACGGCUACUCCGGCCAAGUCCCUCCCUCCGUGUUCGACAUCCAAACGCAGGUGCUCUUCCUCAAUAACAACAAGUUCAACGGCGAAAUCCCGGCCAACCUCGGGAAGACUCCGGCGAACUACAUCACCUUCGCGUACAACGACUUCACCGGGCCGAUCCCGCGGUCGAUUGGGCAAGCCUGCAACACUCUGCUCGAGAUCCUGUUCCUCGGCAACCGGCUCUCCGGCUGCCUGCCGUACGAGAUAGGAUUGUUGAGGAAUGCCACGGUGUUCGACGCAGGGAGCAACCAGCUCACCGGUCCGAUCCCGCUCUCGUUCGGCUGCCUGAAGAAGGUGGAGCAGCUCAACCUCGCCGGGAACAUGCUUUCCGGAGAGGUGCCGGACUCCGUCUGCCGGCUGGCGAACUCAAAGUACGGCCGCCUGGUGAACCUCUCGCUCUCCGGAAACUACUUCACUUCGGUGGGGCCGAGCUGCGUGGGGCUGAUCGGAUGCAAUGUGUUGGACGUGAAAGGGAACUGCAUCUCCGGAAUGCCAGGGCAGCGGCCGGCGCAGGACUGCGCCCGGUUCCAGAAGCAGGCUAAGCCCGUGUGCCCAACUGCUCAGUACGUCCCUUGUAGUCUUCCAGAAGAGGAGCUCUCUCUGGAAAAAGAGGGCGAGGAGGCAAGGGAUAAGGCGCCGACGGUGGCCGGGUACUCGACCUACAAAGCGCUGCGGCCACCGGAGGGAAAGAAGAAGCCGUAGAUUCUCGGCUGCCGACAUGGCCUACAAUAAUUCGCCCUUUGUUUGUUCUUAUUUACCAGAAUCGUGGACCCCGCAAGUGUAUUAAUAAUUAAUAAUAAUGUUUACCUAUUAUCAAAAAAACAAAAACAAAAAAUAGUGCCAUAAAUAUCUUACUAGUAAGUGCAUGAUAAUAUAGUUUUUCUAA